AUUCUUAGUGGUUGAAAAAUGUUUAGCUUCUUCGUACCCUCCCCAAAAUCUUGCCUGGCUUUCUUCUACGCCAGCGGUGUGGGGAGGACCAGAUUCGGGCAUCGAUUGACCCUAUUUAACCGAACUGGCAGUAAGUCGGUUCUGGGGGGUCGCCCUGACGACUUUUAAACGAGUAGAUCGCCUCACCUGUUUUUACAUUUCGCCCCUUGAUCGACCGCACUUCCAAUGUCGGAUUUCAAGCUCGGGAUUGUUCGACUUGGCCGUGUGGCCGGGAAGACAAAGUACACACUUAUCGAUGAACAGGACAUACCAUUGGUGGAGAACUAUGCUUUCGAGGCACGCAUGGAGGUAGAUGCAGACGGAAAUGGGGCAAAGAUCUUUGCUUAUGCCUUCGACAUUGGCAAAGGGCGCUGGGCUGGCAGGCCACUGCACGAGCUGCUCUGGGAGAAACACAGAGGAGGCAUUGCUCCCAGCUUCCAAGUAGUCCACAUAAACUCUGUAACAGUCGAUAACCGUCUGGACAACCUGCGACUGGUCCCUGUGGGUUGGAGCCCCAAACCAGAGGAAAUCUCCAGCAAGCAAAGAGAGCAGUCUCUGUACUGGCUGGCCAUCCAGCAGGUACCAGCUGACCCCGUAGAGGAGCAGUACCUGGAGCUCAGUCGUACCCGCUACUACAACGCUAACGGAGAGCUGGUGGAGGAGGAGGAGUGCUCCUGUACUUACUACGAGUGUCACUACCCACCCUGCUCGCUCAUCGAGAGGAGACUUAGAGAGUUCAACAUCUGUGGCCGCUGUCAGGUGGCUCGCUACUGUGGCUCCCAAUGCCAGCAGAGGGAUUGGCCAGCCCACAAGAAGCAGUGCCGUGAGCGCAAGAGGGUCCUAGCCCUGGAGUCUGAACCUGAGCGAUGAUCUCUGGAUCAACCACCAGGAUUGGGGAAUUGGGGGAAGAUUGGGAAUGAAGUGCAAAGGAAAAAAAUCUUCUGACAGAGACUAAUGACAGAGGAUAAUGUUGGUUGGUUGAUAGGGUGGGAAGAGAAAAAUAAAAUAAAAUAAAAAUCCCUACAACCAUUUCAUAGAACUGACAAAUCUCCAUAACUUGCUUUUUUUUGGAGAGGGAGAUCCUCCUGAAGCUCUACCUGCUGCUAUGGAUUUGUAUGUUUGAGUAAGAAGAGGUCACACAGAUGAAACUGUCCGUUCUUCUUUUGGACUGCAAUUGAUUAGUUGUCAUCAGCUUUCUCCUUACUCACAGGAAUAUAAGGACGACAGUGCCUGCUGUUCACCUGGUACAAUGGGACAUGGACCUUUUCACUGUACUACUACUCCCUCUUGGAACUUUGGUGCACAUACUCAGCCACCUCCCUGUCAUGCUCCAAGACCAACAUACAUCAGAUAGAUUUACUGUGCUGUUUCACACUAGCAGUAUUGUGUGUGCUGCCAUUAUGGACUGAAGGAUAUAGAUGAAGUGGUGAACAUUGGGGGGAGGGUGCUUUUGUUCUGUGUAUUAUUAUUAUUUUAUCCCGUUGUUUUUGGGAAGGGGUGAGAAGGGGUUAUUGAUUUUUGAACUUGAUCACUUGUAGAGGCAUUGUUACUUUCCUGUGUUGAACAUCCCAGAAUUAAUCUGUCUCUUGAUGCGAUCGGUUCUGUUGCUGUUCCAGAUGCUCACAAACACAGUUCCUGUCGCUAACAUUUGAGGGAUGUCCUGGGAACAACUUGAAAACCCAGGUUGGCCAUUGGACAGGCUGUCAGUUUGUUCUUGGGAUUGUAUGAAAUGGCCCGAAUUCGUUUUGUUUUCUACACGUCAGUCAUUAAAGAGAUAUCGGUUCUAUGUCCAAGUGAUCGUAGAUUAAAUAAUACAUUUUCCAGA